AUGAAAGACAUGGACAAUUUCAAGACUGCAAAGAAAGAAUGGAUGUGUAAAUCAGAAACUGAUGAUCAGAUUUUGAAUGGUAGAGACCAAAACUGUGACUACUUUGUAGAUAACCUUUUUGAAGAAGCUGAGAAUGUUGGUGCUAUAUGUAUGCCCCCAACUACAGUCAAGAACCAGGUAGAUGUAAUAAUUAAACUUUGGAAAAAUGGAUUUACAGUAAGCGAUGGUGAACUUAGGAGCUACACUGAUGUUGCAAACCAGCAGUUCUUGGACUCCAUUAAAAAAGGGGAACUGCCUUUUGAGCUACUAAAAGUUUUUGAUAAGGAGGAGGUAGUUGUGAAAGUGGAAGAUAAAAAGGAUAAGGUGUGUUUGUCAUCGAAAAAGCCAGUAUUUCACCCCUUCUCUGGACAUGGCUACAGAUUAGGAAGUGCUACUCCAAGGAUAAUCUCAAAAGUAAGAGAUGAUCAUCAAGGACCUGACAACAGACAACUCCUCCCAUUAGUACCCUUAAAUGAUUUGGAGCCUAUCACUAACAUCAAGAUCUGGUUAGCUAAUGGGGAAAGGAUAAUUCAGAAAUUCAAUGUUUCUCACAGAAUAAGCCAUGUAAGAGACUUCAUAACCAAGUAUCAAGGAUCAGAGGGAAGUGUUCCAUUCACACUGACUACUUCUCUGCCGUUUCAAGAGCUGCAAGAUGAGACACUCACAGUAGAGGAAGCAAAGUUGCAAAAUGCUGUUAUUGUUCAGAGACUUCAGAAAACAACUGAACCUUUCAGACCCUUAGUGGAAAAAGCACCUGACAAUGCCUAUGAAACUGUUGCUACACCUAAUGGACAGUUCAAGAAUGAGAAAAAAAACACCAUGAAAAGUACAAGAUCGAAUUAG